GAGUUUCCAGUACGAGCGAUAGAAGAGCUACUACAGCUACAGCGGUGGCCAGGGAGCUUACGGGCCAGCAUCGGGAGAAGAGGGCCGACUCACCAUGCUGCUCUUCACCAAUAUUUUUGAUUCUCUGUCCAAGAUGGAGUAUGACCCAGAGCUGUUCCGCAAGGCACUGCCAUGUCUGACAGCCAUAGCUUGUUCACUGCCGCCGGACUACUCUCUGACCGAGGACCACGAGGAGGACUGGUCCAAGCAGAACACAGCAUCCGGUCCCUAUGUGCCUGAACCAGUGAACUCUGCGGGCGAGUUCAGCUCAACCAGGACCUGAACAGCAUCGUGCAGCGCUUCACAGAGCACUUCCAUGAUGCCUGGGCAAUGCGAA